CCUGCUGAGAGGAACAGUUUCGCGGCAACCUCAUUUGGUUCCAGCUGGGCUCUGACAAACCAGGUUUUAUAUUCUCUGGAACAGCCAAACACCACCCUUACCGAAACCAUCAUGAAGCUCAUCCAUCCUGUAGGCCUUGUCCUACUCUCUUGCUUUUUUCUCCUGUGCGCCGUCGUGCCAGUGAGAGCCGACUUACGGCGUGAAGCUGAAGCACUCGUGAAUUGGAAAGCUAGCUUGGCUAGUGCCGAUGAGUCCCUUGGAUCAUGGUCGUUGGCCAACUCCACCAACCUGUGCAGAUGGUCGGGCAUCAUCUGCGAUUCGGCCGGGCACAUCGCAAAGCUCAACCUCUGGAAUGCAAGUCUGAACGGCACACUUGACCAGCUCGACUUCUCGGCCUUUCCUCACCUGAAGGAACUCAGCUUUGGCCACAAUGGUCUACACGGUACCAUUCCAGCAGGUAUUGGUAACCUGACGAGCUUGGUCGUGUUGCAGAUCACAGACAGCCCGUAUUUGAGGGGCGCCAUUCCACGCAGCAUUGGCCAGCUGAAACACCUUGCUUUACUGAAUUUGGCAUUCUUGGGGCUCGAUGGCACACUACCUGAAGAGGUGGGUAACUUGACAAGCUUGGAGGAGCUCAGUCUCAACUCGGUUACUUUGACUGGAUCAAUCCCACUAACAAUUGGGAUGCUCGUCAAGCUUGGCUUUCUAAAUCUCUCAGGCAACAAUCUGACUGGCAGCAUCCCACUGGAGAUCGGAAACAUGACAAAAUUGCUGCAUAUGGACUUUUCGUGGAACUACCUGGAGGGGAAGCUACCCACUACCAUCUCACAUUUGACAGAACUCCAGCUUUUGGUUUUGUCAGGAAAUCAGCUCGGAGGCCAUAUCUUCGCUGAGCUUGGGAAUAGCACCCUCCUCGAUACAAUCAAUGUUGCAAAGAACAACUUCUCCGGGUUGUUCCCGUCAUCGGUUUGCGCAGGAAGAGCACUGAGAACUGUCAGUGCUAGAUAUAAUGGAUUUACCGGCAUUCACCAGCAGACCUUUCAAAACUGCACAACCCUGCAAGAUGUUGACUUCACAGCAAACAACAUUGUUGCAGAGCUAAGGGAUUGCUUUGGCGAGCAUCCAGAGCUUGAGAUUAUGGCUUUCCGUCAAAACCAGCUGUAUGGCUCACUUCUGACUGACCAGGGUGAGGUAUUCCUUUGUAACCAUACUUAUUUAUCACUCUUAGACCUAUCAAACAACGACUUAAAUGGAGGUCUCCACGAGUGUAUUGGGGACUUGCCACGUUUGAUGCUCAUGGAUCUGUCAAGGAACUCUUUCAGUGGUGUAGUUCCAUUCUCAUGCCACGAUAAUCUUUACUAUCUACACCUAGCUAAUAACCAUUUCAGAGGGACUUUUCCUCUGGGUCUUAAGAAAUGCAAAAGCCUUAUCACUCUAGAUCUUGGAGGCAAUCAUUUUUCUGUUACGAUACCUUCCUGGGUAAGCAUGAGCUUGCCUACACUAAAAUUUCUUCUACUGUCAUCAAACAUUUUCGACGGCAUCAUACCGCACCAGAUAUUUCAUUUUCGUCAACUCCAGCUAUUAGACUUGUCAAAAAAUAGGCUCACCGGACCCAUUGCAGACAAUUUUACCAAUUUCACUGGUAUGAUACAACAACAGGAAACCAUUCACUUCCGUUUCGGCGAGUUUGAUAGAGAAGAGAUUGAAAUAGUUUGGAAAAAUGCUGGUCGUGUUUACAAUCUGUGGAAGGGAUCCAUGGUGGGUAUGGACUUGUCUGACAACUAUCUUUCACAAGAGAUCCCUAAAGGGCUUAUAGCCCUUCUUCAACUCAGGUACCUGAACUUAUCAGGAAAUCAUCUGCUAGGCUCUAUUCCCAAAGACAUCGGUAAUCUGGUACUGCUGGAGUCACUGGACCUUUCGCACAACCAGCUUUCCGGGGGAAUUCCUCCAAGUUUCGCAGCUUUGAAGAGCAUCAGUGUUCUGAACCUCUCGUAUAAUGGUUUAUCAGGGAGGAUUCCUACCAGCAGUCAGCUGCAGACGCUUGUAGAUCCAUCGAUAUACAGCCACAACUCAGGGCUGUGUGGUUCCCCAUUGGAAGACUGUGUGGACUCGUCGACGUCGACGCAAAACGAUGCGAGCCAGGCUGAAGAUAGGGAGGCAUUGUGGGUGUAUUGCUUUGUGGCUGCUGGAUUCAUCCUUGGGUUCUGGCUGUAUUGGGGCAUGUUCAUGUUUAGCGGGACCUGGAGAUGUUCGUUCCAUCAUUAUGUGGACAACAUGCAAGGGAAGGUAACCAAGAAGAUGCAUAGCUGCAAGUCGUGCGUACGGGGCAGAGGCCCUUAUGACAGAACGAGGAAAUGCAUCAUGUGGUGCUGAAGUAACGUCAAGCGUGUCUGUAGUAUUUCCCCUGUAUUUCCUAUGUACGUUGGGUGCAUGCAGUUUAUGUGGUUACAGAUGAAAUUUGCAA